GUUGCUAAGGUUGCAAGAAGCAAGGUUGAAAGCAAUAGUUGGACUUGCCAACAAGGGAAUGAAAAGAAGAUACAGUAUUUUGAAACUUAUGAAAAACAAGAGCCCACACCAAUAGAAUUAGAUAGAACAGAACUUAAGAAUAAUAGACGAAAAGGUUUCCUAAGAACAAAUAAAGACAAAACAUUAACAAGAGAACAAAAGCAAACCUACAAAAGAAAUGGUCAAUGCUUUGUGUGUAGAAAAAAAGGAUAUUGGGCAAGAGAUUGUCGUAGUAAAGGGUAG